UUGAUACUCGAUCCCGCGUGAAAUAGUGAAGAAUUGGCGUCACCAAUUUCUGGCAGAUUGCGGAAAUCAAAAAUCGCAAAAUAUCAAGAAUAACGAAAGGAAGUCACGACUUCAGUUGGUCUCUGCACACUUUCCAGUAAAGUUUACCUUUCGCUUGUUUGCCAUGGCACUUAAUCACAACUCAAUUAUUCAGAUAACACAGAAUUUGAGAUUUUUAUCGGAUCAGUAAAACUUCCAUUGGAAUGUUUGUUUUGAGUGAACGAUAGUUUUUUUUAUGAUUGAAAUUUGAAAUUAUCAUGUCCGGUUUUAAACUGUGAAGCUCUCCGUCAGUCAAGUUCUUGAGGGCAAGUUAUUUCCCUUGGAAUUAGCCUAACGAAGUAAUCCAAUCGGAGGAAUUAGAUUUAGAGUUUCAGUUCGAGAUGCCUAAUUGAGCCGCGACGUAAAUUAUUAUAAUUUUGCACGAACUUGAUAGAGGCAAUAAAUCGAUUGGCUCCUCAAUGCAUCGGAUCGAAUGAUAUCGUAUAACCAACGAAAUUUCCAUGCUCGUCGUCGUGGAAAUGCGUUGCAAAGGAGACACAGAAAACGCUGAUAGUGCUGAGAAAAUCAUUGAUUAUCGUUGAUCGAUGAAUUUUAACGUCGCCUUUUUUUACUUCCGCAAUUUAAUCAACAAUUACAAUUGCAAGAUGCGCAGUAGCGCAUAAUUCAAUAACCCAGACUCCUCCGUCUCGUAUAUUUGCAUCCCCUCAAGGGCAGCUUCUUGGGAAAAGCCAAUUAAUAUAACAUUCGUUAAUCGAAGAAGCGUCAAUCGUUGGAGAUUCGACGAGAGUCAAUUAUGUAUAUCGAACAAAUUGAGACGAGUGAGAAGAGUUUGCCCAACGAUCGCGAGGGUAUCGGAUCCUCGCUCGUGCGACUCGUUGAUUAUGCAUUUCGCGCUAAAUUUUUACAUACUGAAGAAUCCGUUAAAACGAGUUCCGCAAACGUGUCGCUAUCAGAAAGCGAGGAGGCUGUUGUGAUUGGAAAAAAAAUGAAAACCGAGGAAGAAUCUCGCUUGACGAAGGGUGUUGUCGACCGUGACGAGAUUCCGCGAGAUAAUCUUCAUAAAAUCAAUGAAAUCAUUCAAUCCGCGGACGAGAAAGUCAUCGUCGACACGGUCAAAACGGACGGGAAUGUAUGCAACGUCAACGAGAAAAAUUCCAACGAAAAUACCGAAAUGGAGAUCGAAGAAAGCGAAAAAAUGGACGAAGACGACAGUUUUGAGUUUGACAACGAAGAAGAAUCUUCAGGACUCUUUAAUAACAAAAUCAAAAGUAUUUUCAUACGUAAAAGCAGCGGUCUGGAAAGUACCGAUGAUCUGUCGACGAGAGUCGCCAAAACGGACCUCCCUAAUGGUGAAAAAGAGCUGGUGAAAAAGCCUGGCAAAAGUCCGCGAAAAUUUGAGAAGAAACGUGCCAUUUCGUUCGUCGACACUUUGCUAUCACUUUUCGUUGUGGGUCCGCUCGUGAUUGGACAGUGGCGUGGCAUCUGGACCAUGAUGGAUAUUUACAACGAAUAUUUUUCAGAAUGGCUCUGUUUCAUCGUUGGCACCGGUCUGCACGUACUUUUUGCCAUUGGCAGAGACGGUCUUCACGGGCGUUUCGUUGAAAAGCUGCGAAUAAAUCACGGUACAGCCGGACGUGUGGCGUACGAUCUCGUGCGUUUGAUGUACAUAUACAUAUUUUGCAUCGCCUGCAAUGCCCAUUGGCGAGGUGGUUGGAAAAUUUUUAGUCGUUAUUGCGGCACCAAUAUCUGGGUUUCGAACUCCUUCACCAUCAUUUUUGCAGCCGGUCUCGUGAUUUUGAGGUCUUUUAGAAAUCUUCUAGCGCCACCCUUCAUCGUAGUAAUCGAUCGACCGGAGCGCGUCUUUCAUUUUCCGACGAGAUACAACGUGAAUACGAGGGAUUGGUCUCUGUACAUAUUAGAUUGUGCAUUCAGUGUUGGAGUGGUUGGCAGUCUCGUGGUGUUCGUCUGGAGAGGAGCUUGGGUGCUUUUCGAGCUUCAUUUGUUUCCGGAGAAUCGUGAAUACUCUGCGAUCGGUUCAUUGGUCAUAGGAUACAUCAUAGUAGCCGUGACAUUCUGCCUGCAACCAUUGAUGAGAUACACUUGUGCGAGACUGAAAGGUCUCGCUCGUCUUCUAGCAGCUGAUGCUUUUUUACUGCUGAGCUUCCUCGGCACUGUAAACGUGUGGCGAGGUAUAUGGACCGUUCUCGAUCUGUGGCUACUACCAGAUAACCUUGAAUUAUCGUGCUGGAUAACUCACGUCGGCUGUUUCGUCUUCCUCGUACUUCUAAACUGUAGUAAUUCCAUUCUCGUGCGUGGUGUAUACAUCGACGCUGAGGAAGAAGAAGGUCGAUGUGUCGUCUUCCCGUGUCACUAUCUACGACUCUUCUUCAAAAUCGAACGCCAGAAAAAAGAGGCGAGAAGACAAAACCUCGUGGCAUCGAGCAAGGAACCGCAACCUCGUAACGAAGCAAACGAGAAAGAAGUUGAGAGCGAGACUCUGUUGAACCGUACGAACGCGAUGCCGACGAUAAUUCCAGCGAAUCCCGAGUCAUUUGUGUAAGAAGAUAAUAAAACGAGAGCGAACAAAUGAAACGUAUUAAAAUGAAGUUCAUUGGGAUUUAAUGAAAGUGACCGACAGUGAGGAAGAGACGACGCGCGUUACUGACAAUCGUGGUGUACCUGACAGUAAGCUACCAAAGACAGUGAAAAAGUGUCGUUCGACGUGAAACGAACAGUAGCAGCAGCAGCAAGAGAAAGUGGGAGGAAAUUAUUUUUUCAAAUGAAAGCAUGUGUCAAUAGUUUUGCACGCUGCGGUAAAAAGUAACGAAAACUAAAGAGAGGAGACUUCGAAGCCCGCGCGAAUGUGUUCCCGAGCGAGCCAGUGCAUUGCAAUAACUGAACAAAAUCCACCGACUCAAUAAAAAGCAAUGAUAAACGGAGAACUUCGGUCCGGUAAAUUUGAAUUGAGAAUAACAGUGCUCCUGUAAAUAAUAAUCGCGGGCAGGCACGCGCUGGCGCCGGUCUAUAGUUUUUAAGAAAGACAACAAAAAACGCACCAACAAUGUUAAACCUAUCGAUAUAUUUACAUUUUAAUCAGUUAUUCCUAACAGAUUCAAUUAUUUUUAGGCCAAACGAAAUAAGAUUAUGUACCUAGGUACGUCGAUAACGCACGACGCCAUUCAACAAAUCGCCUCUAUUUAUGGAGUUGAUUUACGAAAAGUUUGUUUUCCCAUUUCAACGAAAGAUAUUCAAAUAUUUCGAAAGAUACAAAAGCAUUUGCGGCGCUACGUGCUGUCGACUAAUUGUCACGUUUGAGCAAAUAAAUUUCAUCGUUUCAAAGUC